AUGCACUCGGCGAUGCGUCGCGACGAGACGCUCCACCACGAGGAGUGGCUACAGCUCCGCGGCGCGAUGGGUCUGCAGCGCGUGAGCCGCGCCCCAUUCGGUGAUACACCCUGUCGGGCGGCGGCGGCGGCGGCGGAGACCGAAACACCGGAGAGACAGCACGACAGGCGGUGCGACACUACGUUGCGCAUGUCACCGAUUUGUGCUGGUCUAUUGUUAAUUUUCCUUUGCUGUGUAAUUGGCAUUGUGUUCUCUUAUUGUUGA